UCAUCUUUCAAAAAAAAAAAUUAUCUUUCAAAAUUAGAAAUUCAUUGCAGGUGUCAUGGCCGAUCAACAAUUCUCCUCGACUUCCUAUACCUACGAUGUGUUCAUAAGCUUUGAAGGUUUCGAUACUCGUAACGGUUUUACAGGCCAUCUCUGGAAAGCUUUGAAUGACAUAGGAAUCCUCGCCUUCAUCGAUGACACGGAGUUUUCCAGGGGGGAAGAAACCAAACCGGCAAUUUUCAAGGCCAUUCAUGUUUCUCGGAUUGCCAUUAUUGUGUUCUCAGAUAACUAUGCCGGGUCUAAGUUUCUCUUGGAAGAACUUGCAUUUAUCGUGGACAACUUUCAGCAGAGUGACAACCUUCGAUUUAUUGUUCCGGUUUAUUACAAUAUUGAAGCUUCUCAUGUGCGACACCAAAGUGGACCUUUUGAAGCUGCAUUCGUAAAGCACGAGGAGAGGUUCCAUGAAAACAGGGAGAAAGUGCUUAAAUGGAAAACCGCUCUAUCUCAAGUAGCUAACUUGCCCGGGUGGCAUUUCGACGGGGUUGAGUAUGAACAUCAGUUUCUCCAGAAGAUUGUGAAAGAGAUCUCCAGGAGGUUGGAUCGUGCUCCCUUACACGUUGCCGAUUACCCAGUUGGAUUGGAUUCUCGAUUGGGAGAAGUUUUCCGGCAUUUGGAGUUGGAAUCUCAUGAAGUCCUUACGGUGGGGAUCUAUGGGAUUGGCGGAAUAGGGAAAACAACACUUGCUCGAGCAGUUUAUAAUACGAUUUCGGAUCAAUUUGAAACCUCGUGUUUUCUUUCCAAUAUUAGAAAAAGUUCAAAUACACAAAGUUUAGCGCACCUUCAAAAUAUACUUCUUUCAGAAAUGACUGGAUUGAAAGAUAUUCAGUUAAAAGAUACUAGUAAAGGAAUUUCCGAAAUAAAGCACAGGCUCUACCGAAAGAAAGUUCUUCUCAUCCUAGAUGAUGUGGACAGACUAGAGCAAAUGGAGGCUUUGGCUGGAGGACUUGAUUGGUUUGGUCCUGGUAGCAGAGUUGUCAUUACAACACGGGAUAGGCAUUUGCUAGCAUUUCGCGGGGUUGAGAGAAGAUACGAAGUACAAGAGUUAAAUGACGUAGAUGCUCUUGAUUUGCUUAGCCACAAGGUUUUUAAACAAGGCAUUGUUGAUCCAAAUUACACAGAACUUUUAAACCGAGCAGUAACUUAUGCUUCCGGGCUUCCAUUGGCCUUGGAAGUAAUAGGUUCAAGCUUGUUUGGAUUAAGCGUUGACCAAUGUGAACAUGCAUUAAAUCAGUUUAAACGGAUUCUUCCUAAGGAUAUUCAAAAAUUACUUAGAGUAAGUUUUGAUGCUUUGGAUCAAGAGGUAAAGAACAUAUUUCUUGACAUUACUUGUUGCUUCAAAGGAUAUGCCUUGGCAGACGUCGAGCAGUUACUUUGUGCUCGUUAUGGCCACGACAUGAAAUAUCAUAUUAAAGUGUUGAUUGACAAGUCACUCAUAAAUAUUUUAGAUGGUAAGGUGACAACAACACAUCCCUUGAUAGAGAGCAUGGGUAAAGAAAUUGUUCGUGAGGAAUCACCAGAAGAUCCUGGGAGACGUAGUAGAUUAUGGUUCUCUGAAGAUAUAGUUGAAGUCUUGAAAAAUAAUAAGGGAACAAGUAGUAUUGAAAUCAUACACUUAGAUUCCCCCUUAAUUGAAGAUGAAGAAGCAAUAGAAUGGGAUGGAAAGGCUUUUAAGGAGAUGCCAAACCUCAAAAUACUAUUAUUAGAAAAUGUCAUUUCUCCACAGCUCCCAAGUAUCUUCCAAACAGUUUAAAAGUAUUAGAAUGGCUGAGAUAUCCUUCGGAAAAGUUACCAUCUGAUUUUGAUUCAAAGCUGACUAAGAUAUUAAAGGCAAGUGUACGGUUUUUUCUUCUGGUCUUGUAUGUUCAAGACUAUCAAUUUGAUUAUUGUCUUUUUCAUUUUUCAGUUUAUAUGUUUUUGAGCUUUAAAUUUUGACUAUGGUCAGGGUAUGACAUAAUUACAUGAUGUAUCUGAUGUCCCACAUUUAGGAAAACCUUAGGUGAUUGAUUGAAAUUCACAAUUCGAUUUGAUUUCUGGAUCAACGUGGAAACUUGGAUAUGAAAUUAGUAGCAAACUUAGGAUUUCCCUACUCAAAAUGCUGAUUGGACUUGAAGCUCUAUGUUUUCGAUUACUCAAGUCAUAUGAGUUUUUCAGAAACUAAGAUGAAAAGCACAAUUAAACUUUAGGUUGAGUCACCUUUAGUGUGUAAUUUCUGUUUGUCUUGAUCUUCUAAAAUUGGAUGGUUGAUGUAUGAAUUGGAACAAACAUUAUCGAUUUCAAAAUUCUUAGCAUUUUUUAGAUGAAGACCUGCAGCAGAAAUUUAUUUACAACUUUCUUAAGACCUUUAGCUUAGUUAACAAGAUAAAACUCCAACUCCUUAUGCACAUCAUCAAAUCCAAUAGUUAAAAGGUAAGAGCUAAAACUCAGAAAAGGGUAAGAAAAGAAAAACGAUAGAGAAAUUGUAAACACAAUUACUCAUUUUUUAAUUUUUUUAAAUUCUAAACCUUACUAAAAUUAACAGUUCUUUUUACCUUGCAGGUUCGACUUGCGGAUCCUGAAGUUUUUAAUCUAUCAUGGAGAGUAGUUGGCCUUAUGUCAAGUAUAGUCGGUCUGGUUUGUUAUGCUCUGAGCCCUUCUUUCAAUCGAUUAAUUGGAAAAUUGAAAGCUUUCCAGAUCUUUCUUUAUGGGGUGUUGUCCUUAGCUAUCUUCACCACCAUAUUGUUUGCAAAACAGUCUUCACGUACCACUCGCCAUGUUCAACUCAAAACUUACUCGAGCUUUCUCGUUUUGAUGAUCAUCUCAGUGUACGCAUUUUUCUAUGACCGAGCUGUGAAUGGAAAACCUGAAAUAUUGAGUAUAGUUUCAAAUGCUGCAUUUGCUUUGGUUUCAUUAAGUUUACACAAACUGAUUAACUUUGGGUUUGAGAUUGGUGUAUUCUCUUAUUUCUUAGGUUGCUUUACAGUUCAACUGUUAACCAUCAACUGGAUGUUUAUUUUUGUUGCACUUUUCUUUGGUUGUCCGCUUUUUGUUAUGCAUUCGUCUUUGAAUUCAAAACGAGAAGUAGCUAGUGGAGGCCAAUCCAAUUGUUGAUAGUGGUGGUCAAGCUGUUGAUCAAUCUUCACAUUCCAAUCCAAAUGUUGAUAGUGGCGAUCAUCAUCUCAUUGACAUUCGUUAGGAGAGUUGAUAGUGGUGGUCAAGCUAUCCAUCAAAAUGUUGAUAGUGAAAGAAGUUUGAGAAGUGUUGUAACAUUGUAGCGUAAUUUUGUUUUCCGAUCCAUAUGUUCAAUAAUAUGGAGUUUUCAGUUUAUUUCUGGCUUCUAAGAAAGUUUCCCAAGAUAUAGUCUGUAUUGUGGUGGAGGACAAAGGUUUGAAUUUUGAAAAUCAAACCCUUUCUAAAUGGAAACGAGGCGUAAAUUUUGUGUGCUAGACAUGAAAGAAUGGCCUUUGUAUCCAAAAGGUUUGAAUCAUAAUUCAAUUUGUAUGCAUUGUGAUAGUCAGACUUACUUGCAUUGAAGUCAAACUCUAGAUUUCUAGGGGCCUUUUCCAGAAAUUUGAAUAUUAAUUCAAAUUCUUCAAUGUAAACUAUUUAUGUUUUUGAAAACCUCUUAC